AUGCAGCAGCACACGGCGCCCCCAGCCCCGGCAACGUCCGACAACAUCCCAAUAUCCGAAUCUCCGACUUCGAGCACAUCCUCCGUCCCCGCCAUGGAUAUCCAAGCCCACACGGCUGGCUCAUCGGUGCCACUGGACGGGGGCUGUAUGAAAUUUGAUCGCUUGGGCACGGCGAACUAUGUCGGCAGCCCCCAUUGGGCUGCAGUUCUCGACUCGAUCACCGAGCUAAAGGAGCAUUUUGAACGGGAGGAGGAACUUUGCCACAUGCCGACAGAUUUCACUCCUCCUGAUCCCGGCCACUCCAGUUGGCCACAACUGUUAUAUGGCUAUGGCUAUCAGUGGGCCACAAAAGCCGAGAUACUCGCUAGCAUUCCACCCCGGCGGGCGGCAGACAGGCUAGUGUCCAGGUACUUCGCCUUGGAUAUCUCACCUGGUGAGUCUACUACAUCGCAACGAGAGUAUGACCAAUUCUGGAAGGAUCCGUCCGCCGCACCGAUCAUGUGGGUUGGCCUUUUGUUCACUGUUAUGUGUCUCGGGGAGCUUCAUCAACACGCCCCGGCAGCCAUGGACAGCACUCCCGGCAUGUCGACGCUUUCUGUUGACACGUUCCGAGAGAGAAUUGUCCAGUGCCUGAUGAUGGGCAAAUACUCCAAAGGAGGUCCUUAUGUCCUGGAGAGUCUGAUACAACACUAUAUGAUAGAACAUUAUCUGCGCCAGGAUGCAGAGUUCGAGAUCUGGAUCUUGCUCGGCAUGCUCAUACCAAUAUCCUUGCGUAUGGGGCUGCAUAGAGACCCCAAGCACUUUACUGAAAUAUCGGCGUUUGCAGGAGAAAUGCGACGCAGGGUUUGGGCAACAAUUUUCCAGUACGAUGUUGGUUUCUCGGCACUGGCGGGCUUGCCGCGUGUGAUCAAGCCACACCAAUGUGAUACCGAGGAACCUCGCAAUCUGUUGGACUCGGAUUUCGACGAGAACACCCGGGAACUUCCCCCGUCACGGCCCGAGUCAGAAGCCACUCCCGUUCUGUUCCUUCUGGCGAAGAACAGGACCAUCUCGGUCGGGGGCGUGAUUAGUGACCUGGCACACGAUACACGACCGUAUCCUUACGCCGAACUGAGCAGAGUUGAGAAAUUACUUCAAGACACUCGAAAUUCCCUCCCAGCAAGUCUGCGAUGGCAACCGCUCUCGCAGUCAAUCAUACAAGGUCCGCAGGCGAUCCUGCAGCGGGUCUACCUCGAUAUAUUUUCCCACAGAAUGCAGAUUAUCUUGUACAAGAAGUAUCUGUUGGCCUCGAUGACACAAUCCCAAUACCACCACGCAAGGGAAGUCUGCUUAGACUCGGCAAUGAGGAUUCUAGAGCAUCAGCAUCUGCUUGAUGAGGAAACAGAGCUAGACGGUCGGCUAUCCUCGGUUCGCUGGACAUAUUCUUCAAUCAUCAACCACGACUUCAUGCUGGCUGUUAGUGUUCUGUGCUUCUAUAUCAAACGAUACAACGAGAAUAACAAGGUUGUUGAUCAAGAGACCUUUCAGAAGAUCACAUCACUCUUGAGAAAGUCACAUCAGAUCUGGCUCCGCUCCAGCACUGCGUCAAACGAGGCUCAAAAGGCGGUUCAGGCACUGAGCAUCGUUCUCGGAAUCCAAACCCAAGUCCCCGGCGAGGAUGGCGAGAUCACCAGGUGCAGCCAUUUUUCCGAUGGCUCGGCAGACCUAUUUCCCCAAUUCAGCAAUCCAGCGGCCAGUUGGCCCGUCUACCAAGACUCGACGCGAAUAUUAACACAAACUGCGCUGCGCCUCUAG